AUGUCACCCCAUCGAACUCAUCCUUCCCUCCUCUCCUUCUUCCACAACCACCAUCAUCCCAUAUACCAAUGUCGCCAAUACUCACAACGAGGCCACGUCCUCCUCCCCUCCCUCAACGUCCUCGUCCCCAUCCUAUACCGUGACCGUGGCCUGCUCGCAAUCUCAAAACCAGCGGGCAUGAACUCCCAAGGCAACCAGCAUCCUAAUCCUAGAUAUUGGGCGAAAACGGUCACAGAGCUCCUCCCACUAUUACAGCAGCAUUUUGCUCUCCCGGAGCUACCCCUCGUUGUGCACAGACUAGACAGACCUGUGACUGGCGUCCUCCUCUUCGCCCUCAACCCGCGUAUCGCUACCUCUCUCCACCGCCUCUGGGCUUCCAAACAAGUAAAAAAACAGUACGUCGCUCUCGUGCGCGGGAACGUACACCGUCUACACGGCGAACGGGGAAUAAUAGACAAUUGGCUCGAGAGGAGGGGUCGGUUUGCUCUAGUGAGGGACGAACCCGCUCAGGAAGAGCUGGAGGAGCUGAUCAGGAACCGCCCGGAAGGGCCGUGGAAGAACAUCGGCGUGCCGGCGCGGUGUACCACCCAUUGGGAAGUGCAGGCUUAUUCCGAGGAAUACGACCUCACCUUGCUCUCCCUUUCCCUCAUAACAGGGUUCUACCACCAACUCCGCGCCCACUGCUCUCAAGUCCUCGGCUGUCCUAUCUUAGGAGAUGCGAGAUACGACCGUACCCUUGCCCCCUUCGCGAUCGAGCGGCGGAGAAAGGGAACGGAUACACCCUUAUUGCUCCAUGCGGCAAGGCUGAGCUUGCCGAGGUUCUUAAGGAGGGGAGAGGCGCUCGAACUCGGGGUUCGGGAUGGGGAUGGGGUCGAGCUUGGGAUGGAGAAUGCGCAGGGGGAGGUGGCGAGCUUGUUUGAGAGAGCGUUGAGGGAGCGUGCGGAUGCGCAGGCUGAGCAGGUUAGGGAGAUGUUUGACUGCCCUGAUCUGGAUGGCGAGUGCGAAAAAGAGGGAAACGGUGAAGAAAGCAACAUCGUAUUCCCCAGGCCUAGGUCAGAUCAGCCGUCCCAUUUCUCUCUAUCCCCCUCCUCCUCCUUCUCUUCCUCCGGACCCACAUCACCCCACCCCCACCCCCCUCCCAAACCCAAGGGCACAGCACGCAAAGCCCGAGCCCGCCGGUACACGCUCACCAUCCGCGCCCCCCUCCCGCAAGAGUUUAGGGAAGUGUGUGAGCGGGCGGGGUUGGGCGUGAGUAGGUGGGAGAGGGAGGGAGGGGUUUGGUUGGAUGGGGUUAGGAGGGGGGGUGGGGCUGGGGGGGCUGGGAUGCCGCUGUUGGAGGAGCGGUUGGGAAGGAGUAUUGCAGCCUCUGGAUGA